AUGUCGUUUCCUCCAGCAAAGCCUGCACUUGCACCCUCCGUGAAGCAGCCUGCAAAGAAAGAGAACUUUGGGAACCUUGGUCCCUGGGCUGAACCAUCGUGGUACUCUUCACUCGCGUCGCCGUACUAUAACGAAUCCCACAAACGAUUGCGCAACGCGUUACGAUCGUACAUCGACGACAAUGUCAAGCCAUUCAUGCUGGAAUGGGAGGCGAAGGGUGAGGCACCGGUCGAAGAAUGCAGAAAAUGGGCCCGCACCGGCUUUGCGUUCGGAGACGUGCCUGAACAAUACAGGCCGAAAGAUGUCCCAGGGCCUGCUGGCAUACCCGUAGGAGAAUUGGAUGUUUUCCACCUGUUAAUCUCGACAGACGAGGGCAGUCGCAUCGAAGGUGGCGUCGGUACUGCCCUGGGUGGCGGAAGCGUGAUUGGCGUCCCCCCUAUUGUACACCACGGCACCGAGGAACAGAAGCAAAAAUGGCUGCCAGGCUUGUUCAACUGGGAGACAAGCUUCUGUUUGGGCAUAACCGAACCAAGUGGUGGUUCCGAUGUUGCCAACAUCCAAACGACCGCGAAGAAGACGCCGGACGGCAAGCGCUACGUGGUGAAUGGCUAUAAGAAGUGGAUUACGGGCAUACCUACGGCGACACAUAUGACAACCGCCGUACGAACAGGUGGCUCGGGCAUGGGCGGCAUUUCGGUCAUCGUCAUUCCCGUCGACUCUAAAGGCUUCACAUGGCGACGUAUACCCAACAGCGGGCAGAAUGGUGGCGGUGCCAGCUUUGUCGAACUGGACGAUGUCCAGGUUCCCGUCGAGAACCUUCUUGGCAAGGAAAACGAAGGUUUCCGCAUCAUCAUGACCAACUUCAACAAGGAACGAUUCAUUAUGUCAGUUGGCUGCAACCGCAAAGCUCGCACAUGCCUGUCUGAAUCUUUCGACUAUGCAAACAAACGCCACACAUUCGGCAAGCCCUUAAUUGCUAACCAAAUCAUCAGUCACAAGCUCGCAACAGUUGGACGCUAUGUGGAGAGCCACUGGGCCUGGCUCGAGCAGCUUGCCUAUCACAUACAGCAGUCUCCGCUGGGCUGGCAAGACUCGGAAAUUGCUGGGCAGAUUGCACUGUCAAAAGUACAUGGAGGCCGUAUCCUCGAGAUGGCGAACCGUGAAGCACAGCAGAUCUUCGGCGGUGCUGGAUAUCAGAAGGGCGGGCCUGGUGCUAUCAUUGAGCAGAUGAGUCGCGAUCUCAGGAUGAUGGUUGUUGGUGGCGGGAGUGAAGAAAUCAUCGCCGACUUAGCUGUCAGACAAGAAACAGCGCUGGCGAAGAGAAGGGGUUGGCGACUGUGA